UUGAAAGCAAGACAGAAAUAGUUUUUCUAAAAAUAAAAUAAAAUUUCAUCCUUCGUGUUUUUUUUUUUCUAAUUAUUUCGGCGUCUCUUCAACUUUCUACUUCCUCCGGCAUCGCCCACCGCCGGAGGGGAUUUCCACGUACUUGACUUCUGACAUCUGAACUACUUGUAUGUGCAUGAUUAGAUACAAUCUUUAUUGCUGAAGGACAAUGCAGGAUAUAAGCAGCAAACAUCAGAUUAGUUCAAUUCCAUUUGAGACUUACUACCGGGGAUCAUGGCAUGGAACAGAGUUUGUGAGUAUCAUAAAUGGAAAAACUUUUGUCUGCAUUCACCACGAGGGGUUAACUGUAGAGGAGGAAAUUUGUGGGGACUACAUCCGGCUACGCUCUAGAAAAGCAAAUGCUUGUGAUUGCUUAAACCUUCUAAAAGUUGGAGCUGAUGUAUGUGUACUUUCAGCUUGUUGGAUCUCAGAAAGUACAGACCAUGAAGCACAACAAACUUUGCCAAGGUGGUAUGAUGCAAAAAUAGUAUCUAAAAGUUACAGCCCUCAUGAAGGUGAAUGUUCUUGCCUAUUUUCUGUCAUGCUCUACAAAGAACGGGCAACAAAUGGCGUUGCAAAGAAUAUACAUUUUGAUAGAACUGAAACCGUCACAAUUGACAAGAUUGCCAUACUUCAAAAGCUCAAUGAUGAACUUUGUGUAGAUGGAUUCUACCGAUGGAGGUGUUCAAAGGACUGCACUGCAUAUAGCAGAAGUAAAUUACUUAGUGGCCUGUUUUCUUCCCAAAUUUCAUGGCUAGUUGUCCUCUCUGUUUUGAAAGGAAUGCGUUUUCAUAUUAAAUCAGUACAGAGAAAUCUGGUUUACCAAAUUUUGGAAAGGGAACAGAAGUCUGUUGAUCCUCCAAACUCUGACGAGAACAUAAAUAUCAUGCAUUUCAAGCUGUUGACUGAACAUGCACGCCCACUGGCCAAAAAAAUUAAGCCCAUUGUUUCGAGUAGAAGCAUGGAAGCAGAAAGUCCUUUAAGGGCUGAUACUAACCAAGAAAGGAAAGAAAGAAAGAAGGUGGACAGUGAAUCAGAUAUUGAAGUAAUCUAUGACAGAAAGAGUCUGAGACGAUCAAGGCGUCAAAAGAUACAACCUGAUCGUUUAAGCUACUCAUCUAAUUUUCAUUACAACUCAAAGAGGUCUAGAGCACGACAUGCAGACUGGUUGGAAAACAGAAUAUAUAAGCAUCAAAAGAUACAACCUGAUCAUUUCACAAGCUAUUCGUCAACUACAUUUGAUUAUAACUUGAAAAGGAACAGGGAACCAGAUGUAGACCGAAUGGAUAACGGGAAACAGAAGAAAUCUGCUUCAUUGAUAGUUGAAAAGUACUCAGAUAAUUAUGAUUUUUGUCAUGCAAAUAAGGUUUCAGGCAAUGUUGAAUGUGCCGCACAGGUACAAACUUCAGCAAGAAAGAAAUUUUCAGAUGAAAAUUUUAAAGAAGCUCAGUCACAAAAUCCACUCAGACGGGAUUUGGAAGAAAUCUCUGAAGAAAAUCUCACUAAGCCACAGAAUAGGCUAAAGGAGCAUGGAGUAGGCAAGCUGAUACAGCCUGAUUGUCUCAGAAGCUACUCUUCAACUAACUUUGUUCAUAACUCAAAGAGGAAUAGGGCUCGAGAUGUAGACCAGUUGGAGCACAGAAAACAGAAACGGUCAAUUUCGUUGACAGUUGAAGAACAAGACUUCGAUGAUUAUGAGUUUUGUCAUGUAACGAGUAGUUCAGGUAAUGCUGAUUGUGCUGCACCUUUACAAACGUCAACAAGAAAGAAUUUGUCAGAUGAAAAUUUUAAUAAAUUUGAAUCAGAUGAAAUCCAUGAAGAACCUUCAACUGAGUCUCAAAAUAGGCCAUGGGAGCAUGGAUCAGGUGACCUGAUUCAACCUGAUCAUUCCACAAGCUACUCAUCAACAAAUUUUGAUCACAAGUCAAAGAUGAAUGAAGUGCCAAAUGUAGUUCAGUUAGAGCAUAGAACAAGGAAACAAUUGGCUUGUGACGAACAGUACUGGGAUAAUUCUGAGUUUUGUUAUGUGAAGACGAGUUCAGGCAAUGUUGAAUGUGCAAUACCUUUACGAACUUCUGCAAGAAAGAAAUUAUCAGAUGAAAAUUUUAAAGUUAACUCAAAAAAUCCAGGUAGAUUGGACGCGGAAGAAAUCUGUGAACUUUCUUCUAACUCACAGGAUAUGCUGAAGGACCAUGGUUUAGGCGAAGGGCCUAGAAGAAGGGGUAGACCAAAGCUUAAAGAUAAGAAAAGAAUAUAUUCACAUUGUGAUUAUCAAAAGAAGUCAUCUCACAGGAAGAAGCUACUUAGUGCACUAGAAUGUAUGGAAUUAAUACAGGAAUGCAUGGGAAGCAUUAAAGCUGAAAUGGAAGUUAAGUUUCAGCAAAGGGCUCAACCAGAAAAUACACUUCGUGAGGGGAAAGAAGAUUUUAUAUGGUCUACAACUCCUAAGGAUCAAAUUGAAGUUGAAGAGCAUGAAGACCUUUGGAAAGAAAUGGAACAUCUACUUACAAAACUUUCCCUACUUGAACAAAAGCAGGUAUGAUUUAGUUUCUUUGUU